AUGUUAUCACUCGUGUUCGCAGUAGUAGUGCUGAUACUAUCAGCCGCCGCCCUUUUUAUUCACCAUCGUGGCCGUUUUUGGUUGGAUCGUGGCAUCCCAUGCGCUCCGAAUCCGGAGUUUCUGUUCGGUCACGUGCGCGAUCAGCUUACCAAAAGACAUGCCUCGUACGUACAUCAAGAUCUGUAUCGGCAGUUCAAGGCGCGUGGUGAAAGUUUCGCCGGGUACAGCUUCUUCUCCGUGCCGGCAAUAAUGAUUGUGGAUCCAGAGCUGGUGAAAACUAUUCUGGUGAGGGAUUUUGGAACAUUCCACGACCGUGGGAUAUUCAACAACCCGAAGGGUGAUCCUCUAACGGGGAAUUUGUUUCUGCUGGAGGGGCUUCCGUGGAAGGUUCUACGGCAGAUGCUCAGUCCGACGUUCACCUCCGGACGGAUGAAGAUGAUGUUCGGUACGAUUAUGGACGUGGCGGAAAAGUUCCGUCACUUUAUGGUGGAAAAUCGCGGAAGGGAGCCGGUGAUCGAAAUGAAGGAGGUAUUGGCGAUGUUCACUACCGAUGUCAUUGGAACAUGCGCGUUUGGAAUCGAGUGUAAUACAUUGAAUAAUCCCGAGUCCGAUUUUCUGAAGUACGGAAAGAUGGUUUUCGAGCAGAAACUGCAUGUGAUGGCUAAGAUUAUCUUUGGGUCCUUGUUUAAGGACCUGGGACGAGCCCUGGGUAUAAAAUCAUUUGAAGCCGGUGUAGAAAGCUUUUUCAUGGGCUUAGUGCAUGAAACAGUGGAGUUCCGAGAGAAAAAUAACGUGCAGCGGAAUGACUUUAUGAACUUGUUGUUGCAGUUAAAGAAUAAUGGUCGCUUAUUGGAUCAACUAAAUGAAGGAGAGCUUAUUGAAUCGAGAGGUUUGACAAUGGAUGAAUUAGUAGCACAAUGCUUUGUAUUCUUCAUCGCUGGGUUUGAGACUUCUUCGACAACGAUGAAUUUCUGUUUAUACGAGCUGGCGAAAAAUACAGAUAUUCAGGAGAAAUUACGGGAUGAUAUUGAAAAAUCGAUAGCAGCUAAUGAUGGACAAGUUACGUACGAUCUAGUGAUGGGGCAUCGUUACUUGGAUAAUGUAGUGAAUGAAACUCUUCGAAAGUACCCUCCACUGGAGAGUCUGAACCGGGUACCGGUAACCGACUACACGGUUACGGGGACGAAACAUGUCCUCCCGAAGCAGACAAUGGUUAUCAUUCCUGUCUACGCGAUGCAUCACGAUCCGGAAUACUACCCGGAGCCGGACCGUUUCGACCCGGAUCGGUUUCUCCCGGAAGCAGUUCAGGCUCGGCACCCGUACACGUUUUUACCGUUCGGGGAAGGUCCCCGCAAUUGUAUUGGAAUGCGUUUUGGAGUCAUGCAGGCUAAAAUUGGGUUGGUGACAUUGCUACGCAAUUUCAGAUUUUCACCAUCACCGAAGACGCCCGAAAAACUUGUGUUUGAGGUGAGGUCGUUGGUGUUAUCACCAAAAGGCGGAAACUAUCUCAAACUCGAUAAAAUUAGGGUAAAUAAAAUGUUACCGCUCGUAUUCGCAGUGGUGGCUCUGCUGCUGACAGCCGCCGCCCUCUACAUGCACCGACGUAACCGAUUCUGGUUGGAUCGCGGAAUGCCUUGCGCUCCGAAUCCGGAGUUUCUGUUCGGUCACAUGCGUGAUCAGCUUACCAAAAGACAUCCUUCGUAUGUGCAUCAAGACCUAUAUCGGCAGUUCAAAGCGCGAGGAGAAAAUUUCGCCGGAUAUAGCUUUUUCUCCGUACCGGCCAUAAUGACUGUGGACCCAGAGCUGGUGAAAACGGUUUUGGUGAGGGACUUCUGAGUAUUUCAUUACCGUGGGAUAUUCAACAACCCGAAGGAUGAUCCGCUGUCGGGGCAGUUGUUUCUGCUGGAGGGGCUUCAGUGGAAGGUUCUACGGCAGAUGCUGAGUCCAACGUUCACAUCCGGGCGGAUGAAGAUGAUGUUCGGUACGAUUACGGACGUGGCGGAAAAGUUCCGUCAGUUUAUGGUGGAUAAUCGUGCAAAGGAGCCGGUGAUCGAAAUGAAGGAAGUGUUGGCGAUGUUCACUACCGAUGUCAUUGGAACGUGCGCGUUUGGAAUCGAGUGUAAUACAUUGAAUAAUCCCGAUUCGGAUUUCUUGAAAUACGGAAAGAUGGUUUUCGAGCAGAAGCCCUACAUGAUGGCUAAGUUUAUUUUUGCUUCCGUGUUUAAAGACUUAGGUCGAGCGUUGGGCAUAAAAAUAACAGAAGCCUGUGUAGAAAAAUUCUUCAUGGGUUUAGUGCAUGAAACGGUGGAGUAUCGAGAGAAGAACAAAGUGCAGAGGAAUGACUUCAUGAACUUGUUGUUGCAGUUAAAGAAUAAGGGGAGGCUUUUGGACCAAAUUGAUGAAGGUGACUUGGUUGAAUCGAAAGGAUUGACCAUGGAUGAGUUAGCGGCACAGUGCUUUGUAUUCUUUCUCGCUGGGUUUGAGACUUCCUCGACAACAAUGAAUUUCUGUUUAUAUGAGCUGGCAAAAAAUCCAGAUAUUCAGGAGAAACUACGGGUUGAUAUUGAAAAAGCGAUUGCUGCUAAUGGUGGACAAGUUACAUACGAAAUGGUUAUGGGACAUCGUUACUUGGACAAUGUAGUGAAUGAAACUCUUCGCAAAUACCCUCCACUAGAAAGUCUGAACCGCGUACCGAUUUCCGACUACACAAUUCCAGGGACGAAUCAUGUCCUUCCCAAGCAGACAAUGAUGACAAUUCCUGUCUACGCGAUGCAUCACGAUCCGGAAUACUACCCGGAUCCGGAAUGCUUCGACCCGGAUCGAUUUCUGCCGGAGGCGGUUCAGGCUCGGCAUCCGUACACAUUUAUACCGUUCGGGGAAGGCCCUCGCAACUGCAUUGGAAUGCGGUUCGGGCUCAUGCAGACUAAAAUUGGGUUGAUAACUUUGUUACGCAACUUCAGGUUUUCACCAUCAUCGAAGACGCCCGAAAAGUUUGUGUUCGACGUUAAGUCGUUUAUUUUAUCGCCAAAGGGUGGAAACUAUCUUAAAUUUGAUAAAAUAUAAAUACUCUGGAGCUGGUGCUGUGCAUUAGAUAAGACAUUGCUGUUCAAUACUAA